AUGGCAGCUAAAUUUGGCGGCAGCCUCUCAACGCUGCACUCGGGCGGGCUCCCGGCAGAUUACCUGGAGAAGCAGGAGCAGAAGACCAGAUAUGCCCAGCAGCAGAUCCGAGACAAGAAGGAGCGUCUCCGUCGGGAGAAGGACGGCGGGGGCGCGCGCGGCCCUUUCGAGGCAAAUCCGCAGACAGUCCACCAAAGGCGCCUCCUAGCUGACGGGGGGGCGGUCCUCGCAAAUGCGAACGGGGGGCCGGAUGACAGCUUGUCACCACAGUAUUCGCAACCCCCCCAUUUGUCAUAUCAAGGGCGGGAGGCUUAUGACGCAGACCGCUCAUACCCUAUGCGAAGCCCAGAGGCUUAUAACGCGGAGCGCUCGUUUCCUGGGCGGAGCCCGCCGUACAAUUCGACGCUGUCCCCGAAUUCGGACAGCCAGAAAAACUGGUCGCCGGCAGCGGACGGUGUGAAUGCGCUCCCAAGCGCCACGUGGCAGAGCCAGAACGAGCCGUGGUCGCCCGGGGGGGCGAGCCAGACGCUGUCUCCUGAUUCCCGGUGGGGGGGUGAGUCGGGGCAGUCGGUGUCCCCUCCGAAAGCGAGGACUUUCAUGAGUGGCGUGGCGGAUCUGCACGGGGUGAAAGCAGCAGAUCGCGUGAGAGAAGAGCAGAGACGGCAGGAAUACGCGAUGGAGCUGGAGCGACAGGUCCAGGAAAAGGCGCGCGCGAAAGCCGCGGAACGCGAAGCGCGCAUCGCCCGGGAGCGUCGGGAAGAACAAGAGGCGGCAGCAUACAACCCUUGGGGUCGGGGCGGGGGCGGGGCGCCCCUCCGAGACCCGACCGGGGGAAUCAUUACCGAGCUUCGGGGCAGGAGAACGCAGCCUGACCAGGCUUCCCCCGGGCACUAUGCAACCGGUUCCAGCCCGGGAUCGUCAGGAGCGCUGGGCCUCGGUGGAUUCCAACCGGCCGAGCAACAGACGAAUUUCCGGCGGCGGAACCACUUCACGUCGGGGGCGGAGCAGCGGAACGGGGUGACGAGUCCCCUGGGACGGUCGGUAGAGUUCGCCGGGGAGACAAUGAGCCCCCGGUUUGGGGGCGUCGGGUCACCCCCCGGGGGACCCUCCCGGGAGGAUUUUGCUGAGCAAACAAGCGCAAGCGGGCAGGCGUGGCAGGAGGAAAAGGACGCAAACUGGGGUUCGCCCACGUCACAAACUUCGGACGGUGCGAAGGACGCGGACGGCGGGAACCAUUCGUACGGGCGCAUGCGGCAGGAGCGGAUGUCCGAAUGGGAGCGCGCGCAGUUCGCGCAGAAGCAGGCAGCCAAGGAGCGCGUUCAGGCGGAGUUGCGUGCUCAGAUCGAAGAAAAGAAGCGGCGGAAAGACGAGGAGGACGCGCGGCGACGGCGCGAGGAGGAGGCACAGGAGCGCAGGAUUGCGCAGGACCAGGAGCGAAUGCGCGCCGCGUUCGAAGCCGAGCAGGCCAAAGCGCGUGCUAAGGCGACGCAAUUCGAAGCCGCGGCCGCUACUGCGGCCGCGCCCGCCGGCAAGGCGGCCAAGGGUAGGCCCCGCGGCGGACAGGUGGUUGAGAUUUCCGGUGACGAUAUCAAGUCUAAGGGUCUUGACAAGGCCUUUGAGGAGCCGGCCGCGGCAGCGCCGCCGGCCGCGCCAUCGCCGCGACGGCGACCGGGGCGAGACCAUAAAACGUCUGCGGACGAGGGUCUGGACGCGGCCGCGAGCGGAACGGAAUCGUUUUCGAACGCCUUGACGGACAGAAGAGACGAAGUAGAGAAGGAGAGCUUUGGCAGACAUCAAAGUGGGCCAGAUUUAGGUCCGUUCAGAGGGCACUUGUACGAUCCCCCAGUCAGCAAGUCGCCCCUCGGCAGACGAGCCGCACUUGGUAGAGUCGCGGAAGAGGACUCGCCGGACCGCCACGUGGGCGGCGGACCGGGGCGCCACGUGGCCGACGGCCAUUCACCGGGAGGAGGCUUCUCGGAGAUGGAAAAGUUCCAGAUGCAGAUGCGGCAGGAGCAAAUGGAAAUGAUGCUCAGACUCGAACGGCAAGAGAGAGAGCUAGGCGAUCUGCGCGCGGCCGCGCUGAGCUCGCAGGCUGAGGCACGUGCCGCGGUGUCGGAGCUCGAGAAGGUGCGAUACGCUAUGCGGCUCGGGGCCUCCCCCCUGGCGCGGAGCACAGACUCCGGGAAGCUGAGCUUAGAGUCGCCGGUGGGGCGGCUUGAGCUGGCGUUACUGCCCAUCAACAGCAGCUUCGAUUUCGGGGGGGUAGACGUCGCGGCUUCGAUGCACUCGGAAAGCAUGAUGAUCUACCCCCCAAACGCGAAGCUCGCGGGAGGCAGCCGGUUGCCUACCAGGAGCGGCCGGGGGGGGCUUCUACAGGGGGGAGAAGGGGAGGCGACGUAUGACCCGAUCGCGCUCGCGAGCGCGCGGCCGUUGUCGUCACUGCCCGGGGGACGGGCGAUGCAGAAUAGGCCGCCGUCCGCUCGGAUUGCUGAGUCGAGCUCGUGA